AUGACCGUUCGAGGAGCCGAGACGGGAAUGACCGUUCGAGGAGCCGAGAAGGGAAUGACAGUCCCAGCAGCCGAGAUGGGAAUGACAGCUCAAGCAAUGGAGACGCUUUUUUCACUUCUUUUUUUCCAUUCUUUCAUUUUUGUUCAUUUGGUAUCUUAUUUGAACUUUCUUUCCUUUCUUCAUUUUCCCCCUUUAUUUCAUUUCUUUAUAGCUUUCUCUUUUUUCCUCCUGUCCUUACUUUUGCUUUCAUUUCAACCCUUUUUCUCAAUGUUUCAUCUUUUUCUUUCUUUGUCCACUUCUUUUCUUGAUUUUUUAUUUUAUCUAUUUCCUUAUUUGUUUAUAAUAUUUCUCUUUAAAUUUAACUUUCUUUUUCAUCCUUUUUUUAGUAUUUUUUUUCUAUCAUUUUAUUCUUUUAAUUUCAUACAUUCAUUUUUCCUUUCUUUUGUAAUUAAAAAUAUUAUUGUAUUUUUAUUUUUCCCCUCUUCUGUCUUUCCAGGGACCUUUAUCUUUUUCACUCCAUUUUACUUUUAUUUCUUUUUCCUUUCAUUACCAUCGGAUCUUCCUUCCUUCCUUCCUUUCAUUACCAUCGGAUCUUCCUUCCUUCCUUUCAUUACCAUCGGAUCUUCCUUCCUUCCUUCAUUUCAUUACCAUCGGAUCUUCCUUCCUUCCUUCAUUUCAUUACCAUCGGAUCUUCCUUCCUUCCUUCAUUUCAUUACCAUCGGAUCUUCCUUCAUUUCAUUACCAUCGGAUCUUCCUUCAUUUCAUUACCAUCGGAUCUUCCUUCAUUUCAUUACCAUCGGAUCUUCCUGCCUUCCUUCAUUUCAUUACCAUCGGAUCUUCCUUCCUUUCAUUACCAUCGGAUCUUCCUUCCUUCCUUCAUUUCAUUACCAUCGAAUCUUCCUUCCUUCCUUCAUUUCAUUACCAUCGAAUCUUUCUUCUUUCCUUUCAUUCUCUUUACAUAUAUUCUACCCAUUUUCUCUACUUCUUUUGCUUAUUUUCCUGUUUUUAUAUCCAAUAUUUUAUUUUCUUUGA